CUGUGGAGGAUAAAUGAGGUGCAGACUUCCCUCAGUGUCACCAGUGAUGAGGAAAUACAGUGAAUACUGGACGGAGCAGUGAGUGACAACCCUGCCCACAGAGUUAGAGUACUGUUUGCAGUGGAAACGCUAAACAGAUGUAGGGUCUUGGUACCAUGUCUGAAGGGUUACUGUUGGUUCCAAAGGUGUCAUACUAAAAGUGUUUGGUGGAAACGGGAAAAAAAUGCAUACCAAACUAAUCUGAACUGUAGCAGACUGCUUGGGCUACAGUGGGAGGAAUGGGGUGUAUAGGGACCCAGAUGCUCAUUUAUGCCCCAGGGCCCCAAACAGAUUGAUGCAGCCCCUGUAUCGACUUAAAACCAACAUUAAGGAGUAAUAACACUGUGUAUCCAGUGGACUUUACUGUAUAAGAUGUCUACACAGAAAUACCAAUGUUUAAAAAAAAAAAAAAAAGUCCAAACGUGUUAAGUGAAUAGGCUACAUAAAUCAUUUUUUGUAAACUGAAUACCUUUUAAAAAUAUUAUUUUCCUAAUUCUCUAUUUUUCUUUUUAGUCCAUUUGUAUAUAAUAUGUUAUGUUUGUUAUCAUUCUACCUGUGCAUAUGUUUAACUCGACAUGCAUCAGUGUUGAAACAUGUCAACUAUCACCGUGCUUCAGGAUCAUGUUCAGUACAAAAUAUUGAAAACAACAUAAAUUGCUUUAAGGAAUCAUAGCUAGUGUGAAGUAUGUAUUUUAAAAGAAAAUCUGUAGAUAAAAUGACGUAAUGAAAAGCAUUAUAAUAUGUGCAAAUAACUGUUGUAAACAAAAGCAGGUGUAGUCCAUUCCAUCAGAGUCCAUGCCUCUCUUUGCGCGCGCCUCUUUCUCUCCACCUUUAAAAGCAUCAGUGAGGAAGAAAGAGGGGAGAAAGGGAGGCGACCGCACAAAUACAAUGAUCUCAGAAACUGGGAACGACAAUCCGAAGGCAGAGUAUCUCCGAUCCGAAGCGAGCUAUAGCCCAGACUCCCCCGUCUCCUCCUCUCCGGAAGCCGGGCACCUCAGCAGGAGGCGGGACACCCAGACCACCAGCGGCAGCAUCAUCCCGGAGGAGAGCGGCAGCAUCCAGCCCCUGGUCUCCUCGGCCGCGGCCGCCGCCUGCAUCAUGACAUCGGGGGAGUUCAUGCAGACCGCUCCCCUGCUGGCGCACAAAUCCAAGAGGAGCCUGCUGUAUAAGGCGCUCUGCUUCCUCCUCCUCGUCUUCCAGGGCGGCAUUCUGGACUUCUACCUCAUCAUCUUCAACGACCUGUACUGGUGCUCAUGGAUAGCCACGGACCUGGUGGUGAUCUCGGGCUGGGGGAUUUUCUUCAUGAAGAACGCGCGGAGCAAGAGAGAGCGGGCCUGCGGCUUCCACCAGAAGAGCUCCAUCUUCGGCUGCAACCUCGGGGAGUUCACCUACGCCUACCUGGCCUGGCUCAUCUAUGUCAUCGCCUGCACGCCGAAGGUGGUGCUCAUCCUGGAGACGUCCAUCCUGGAUCUGAUCGCGCUCAAGGUCCCAUGCGGAGUGACCGGCUUCAAGAUCAUCAUGCUGCUGUCCGCGCCGCUGCUCUUCUGCCUCAUCAACUCCAUCAUCGAGGAUCUGAAUGGAGCGACGCGGCACCACUCCCAGAGCUGCUUCAUGAGCACUUGCCUGGACCUGCUGGACAGCUUCACGCUCGUGGAGAUGCUGCUGAGGAGCGAGAUCCCCACCGUGUACCUCAAGUACACUGUCAUCACGGUGUACUUCGUGGCCCUGGCCGUGCCGGUGAUCUGGCUCUACGAGCUGACGGCGUCCGAGCUGCGCUGCCGGUGGCUGUGGGCCCGCUUCUCCACGGGCCUGGUGGUCAACGCGCCCCUGCUUGUGGUCAGGUGUUUCCAGGUUUACGUCUACAAGAUGCCGGUGUCGGUGUUCAUGUUUAAAAACAUCUUCUUCUUGGCGUGUAAGUUCCUGGAGCUGGUGGAGCAGUGCGUGGCGGUGCGUGGAGUCCGGAGGCUGGCCGGAGGCAGCAACCCGGCCCAGUUCUCCCACUGCGUGUCCGAGAACGACAUGUGUCCGCACGGAUAUGUCAACACCCUGGCCGUCACACAGUCCUAGAGCCCGGGCUGACUGAGGGCCAGGGGCCGCCUGUCCGUCUGUCUGUCUGUCUGAUGGCGGGUAAAGUGGACGAGUCGUGUUGCGUUCCAGACACAGCUGGAAAUGGGAAAAUCCAAAUUACGAACACAGCUCCUGCUUCCAGAUAGACAGCAAAGCCACACAAAGGGUAUGUUGCUACGUCCAAGUGACGUCAGAUAACUGCAUCUCUGAAACCUCGGAGCUGACGAAUCUUUUUGAGGUUUUCUCUCGGACGGCCGAGGACAUUUUACAUUACAGGAGGAUGGAUUUUCCAAUUUUUGUACAUGUCUGGAAUGCAUCAUCUGUACCAGCCUUACAAAGCUCCCCUUUCAGACCAGUUUACAGGUGCUACAGUCAAACCCAACACCUGCAAUAGCCUACUAACAAACACAGAUCAAACUAUAGUGCAUUGGACCUUGUCGACUUGUGUGUGUUCAGUCUGUGAGUUUCACCUUGAACGGAGAGACAACAGCUGGACUUUGUGUCGUGUUGGGACGUAAAGUGCAAUUUGAAGAAUCCUCUGCUUUGACUCACCCCCUGCACACCAGUGUUUUCUAUUGAUAACGGUGUUGUCUGCAGAUCUGUGCUGCUUCUAAAUGCUGUUUCCGGUACUAACAGUAGAGUAGACACUUGUGUGUAAGUUAAUGCCAUGUAUAAAGAUCCAACAGUGCCAUGACUAACAGGUUUUCUACAGCCCUUUUCAAACGGACCACCUGCCAACAGAAGUUUCUGUUGGUGUCGCUGGCUGUGCCGCUGUUUUACUACUUCUCACACUUCUUGGAUCACGAGUCCUUAAAGAUCACUGGCUACUGGUCACUCUGACAUCCAUCAGUAUUCUGGGUCACCGAAGAGCCCAGCUCUUAAUCUCUCACCGAGAACACCUAUUUAUUCAUUCAUGGACCUCAGUAUUUCUUCAUUGCUAAAAGGUCGCACCCAGUAUACAAGAAAGCUCAGCAGACUCUGAAAAAGUCAUUCUCAACACAACUGUGAGUCUGGGACUACAGAUAUAUGCAUUACUGACUUAGUACUUUGUAAUCUAUGGACUCCCAAUUCUGUCAAGAAAGUCAGUUUGAGGGGAAAAAGAAAUUAGUGAUGUAAAAUAAUGUGCUUACAUGUAUGUAGAGAUGGUCGUUGUGGUUCCUGGAAUCUCUCUUUUUUAUGUCCCUUACCUCCAAGGUCACAGAUUACAGAGAGGGAAAAACAAAGUGGUAAAAAGUAAUCUGGCAGGUGACCUCCCAAAUCUGAACCAAUGGCAGUCAUCAACGAUCUGAUCAGUUUAAUGUAAUGAUACUCACUUCCAUUUUAUUGGUGUUAAAGGAACAAUCUGACAUUUAGGGAAUUUCUUUGGAACAAGCUGGCCCAACAAAUCAAACUUUAUUACUGACUUGUUGUGUCCUGUCAACACUUAAAGGUGCAGCACACAUGCCGGGCACUGUUGCUGUUGCGCUCUUGUGUCUAUUCUGUGCCAACUUUAAAGAGCACAGAGGCAGGUUGCAUCUGGAGUUGCUAAGCAACCAUAACAAGCACCUGCCUACUUACAUGAAAUCCUGAGUGCAGACCUGAUCUUCUUCCAGGUGCUAUUUUUUAAGUGUGUAGGCCUAAAGUAUUGUCGGUUAGACAGAUGUAAAGCCCUGGCGCCCCUGCACUAAAAUGAUAAACCUCUUCUCCAUAUUUAUCACAGGUUGAUAUUUACGGAAGAAGGGAAAGAUAUAUGUUGGCUGUGAUUGGUUGUUCCUUGUCACCUAUCAUGCAGUGCUCUUUUUAUCUCAAGGUGCAGGCGCUGCGCCCUAAAAAAAAUAGGCACUCGGGAACGUGUGCGCGACUGAUAUACACCACUGAUUGUGGAACUCAAAAUACUAACUGUACUGGUAUUAAAGGGAUAG